GUUCUCUUUCAGAAAUUGAUACAGAACUGAAUUAUAGAUCGGAAGUUACUGUCGAAUUGUUGGAGUCGAGCGGGGCACGAAAAAAAAGUUCAAAGGAAAAAAAAAAAAAACGUCCUCUACAAGUCUCCGGUUAACACUAUGGAAGUUGAAAACGGGUUUUUGUCAAGUGGAAAUGGGACACAUCUCUCAGUUUGGGAUAGAGACUCAAAUAUCCAACUUUCUGACAUGCCAUCUAAAAGAAAGCGAACGUGCACUACAAAUGACAUCACUGGAUGCUCCUGUGAAGCAAAUAGAAACGAAAAAAGAACUAUAGCUCAAGAAACUGUCAGCUUACGCAGAAGUUCAUUUGUAUCAAUUUAUGCAAACAGAGGUGUGUAUCAGUCAGAGUGCUGGAAACCAAAUGGAAGCACACUAUACCAGCUGGUCACAAGCAAUCUGUUAGUGAACAUGGAAAAGUAUGACCAAAUCAGCUUUGAGGAGGGAUCCUUUUUCAUUGGAGAUAAAUCCGGAGGAUGCUUGCAGAGGGAACAUGGUCAAGUCAUUCACUGCUGGCGAUACGAUGGCCAGGACAAGAAACUUUUCAUUGCUUUGUCAUUCCUCUUUAUAAAUAUCCAUAUGUUCCAGGAAGUUCUCCGCAUUCUUGGUGGAAUCUGAAACUAUAAAGCUGAGCAAAUGAACACAGCUAAUCUCUACAACCAAAAGGAUUUCCUGUGGACAGUGACACGUUCUGAUUCCUUUGUGAUUGCAUAGGUCUUUGUGUGUCUGUUUUAUUUUGUAGACUCCUGCAGAACCUAUAUAUUCCCAGACUUUGCAGCAGAAUUUUUUGUGUUUCACAUACAACUGCAUGUAGCAUAGCUACCAAUCUGAAAUGCGUUAUCUGACUUGCAUAG